AUAAUUUAGUUUUUGUGCAUCACAAAAAAUUUUUUCAGAAAGUAAAUCGCAAUAUUCAGAAAAACAUUGUGGCAUUUUAAUGCAUUUUAGGAUUGCGCGUAUAUGUUCUUGGCGUUAUAUUAAUUAUAUAUUAGAAGAUUUUACUAUAUGAAUGUGGUUGCGCUCAGUGUAGACAUCGAACCUUAAACAACUGAUAAGGAUAAACAGUCAAAAAUGGACAAAAAAGUCGCUAAUGCGUCUCAACCUCGCAUUUUGAAGAAAAAACAUUUCCGAGUCAAACAUCAAAAAGUUAAAUUGUUUCGGGCAAAUGAACCAAUAUUAAGUGUAUUUAUGUGGGGUAUUAAUCAUACGAUAAAUGAGUUGAGCCAUGUGAAUAUACCAGUUAUGCUGCUACCAGACGACUUCCGUGCGUACUCUAAGAUCAAAGUCGAUAAUCAUCUAUUUAAUAAAGAAAAUAUGCCUUCGCAUUUUAAGGUUAAAGAGUACUGUCCACUUGUAUUCAGGAAUUUACGGGAACGCUUUGGUAUUGAUGAUGUAGAUUAUCGCGAAUCCCUUACACGAUCACAACCAUUGCAAAUUGAAUCUUCUGGAAAAUCUGGAGCACAAUUUUAUCAAAGUUACAACAAAUUCUUCAUAAUAAAAAGUUUAACAUCGGAAGAAAUAGAACGCAUGCAUGCUUUUUUAAAACAAUAUCACCCAGUAAGUAAUAUAUUAAGUUUUACAUAUAUAACAAACAAGUAGGACAUAUGAAUUUAA